UUUCCAGUCUGUCAACGUUCAUUGUCGUUCUUAGUUGUGUAUAUUGUACUGUUCCGUAUUGGCAUAAUCAACAAUAAUUUUGUAUAUACUGAAUUUUUUUUCUUUGUUUGUUUUAAGAAGCAAAAAAAUUAAAUUCGUAUUAUAAAUAACAAAUGCUAAUGGACAUUGCUUCAUAAUUUGUUUCAUUUAAACGGGAUUUAUGUCAAGUUAAUAGGUGACGAAGUGCAAAAAUAAAAGACAUUUUCAUGAAUAUUUCAUAAGUACAAAAAGAGAAAGGGAGAAACUGAAGAUAAACAGAAAGUAAAAAUAAUAGAAAAUGAAAACUACAAAGUGCAUAUUAUGUGCACUAUUCUGUACAUUCUUGAUGCACAGUAAUGUGCAAUCAAGUCGACAUGAAGGCUCAACAGAUCCCGAUUAUGCGAGAAGUACAUACAUUCAGUUAGAGAGGAAUUUAUGGGAAAAAUAUAUUGAUAAGAAUACAACUCUAACACGCAAUGAGCGACUCUACAAGAUUUUUAAUCAGCAUUUUAUGUUUAUUCAACAACAUGUCGAUCAGAACUACAAUGAUGAAGAUUUUAAAAUUCUAUCUCGAUAUUAUGAAUGGAAUAAUUUAGAAUCGGAUGUAAAGAGCAUUCAUAGCUUGUUUAAAGACAAUUUUGUGAAUCGACUUACUAAAGAUUUGGAAACAAAUGACUUUCGAUCAAAUGGCUUUGAUGAGCGUGCUAAUCUAGAUUUGGCAGAGACCGUGAUUAGUGAUCCUUUGUGGCCAAUUAAUGCGACGCUUAACAAGAUUGAAAUUAAUAUUUAUCAGCAAGGAUUGUAUUAUAAAGCUAUAUCGGAAGCAUCAAUCACUUUAUGUACCGCACAAAGAUCACCGCAACAAGUUUUAUAUCAACUUUAUAAUGCAAUUACUAUGACGGAAUUGAAAGGAUAUGCAAUGAUGCAGUUCUCUUAUAUGCUUCUCAAAACUUAUGGACGAGGAAACUACACACAAGAAUCAUUAUUAAUGAGAAAAAAUUUUGAACGGAGAGCAACAAAGGCACAAGAAUUAAUGCAAAAAGUUCUCGAACGAGCAGAUCGAUCAUUAUGGAGAUGUGACCCAAAUACACAUAAGGAGGGAUCAUCAUAUCUCCAAAUAACCAGAUUACUUCAAGGUUACAUUGAGAAUGAGGUUGAUUUAAAUCGCGAUGGUGGAUGUUGGGAAACUUGUUCACAUUAUCAAUUAACAGAAAGUCAUGGAUGUUUUAAAGAUUUGUAUUGUGCGAAGCAGCCAAAAUGUUCAGGAAAACUACUGUUCUGUACAUUUGUUGACUCUGACAUGUGGGUUUGCCCUGCUGCUCCAAACAGUGAUCGACGAUAUGAAUAUAUUGAAUAUGAAAACGGAAGAACACUUGGAGAAAAGAAAUAUUGUACACGAGGAACAACUAAAGUCGAUUCUUGGUGGAGAUAUCUAUUUUGGCACUGCAGCUAUUGUUUCUGUAUUUGUGAUGAACAGGGAAAAAAAUCUGACAGAUUUUUCAACUUGAGACCUGCUUUAUCAAACAUCUCUGAUAACAUGAUUGUGACUGGACUGAAGUUUACUAAGCAAAAUCGUAUAAUACAUCUUCAGAUUCAAGAAGGUCAAUUAAUGGAACGUGGAAGAGUCAAUGCAACAAGUACACGUUGGGUACCAGUCGAUGACUAUACACUUCUUGAUAAAGGAGUUAGAGAUGGACGUGAUUUUCAUACUUUAGCUUGGGAUCGUCGUGAAGUUGAUUUGGACGAUUUAACAGCCCCAAGUGGACACGUUGUUACUGGUGUGAAAUUUCGAAUAGUUGGACGUCAUCUUAACCUUGAAAUGCGCGUAUCCGAAAUAAACUUCAGCAAUGGACGAAUUAUUGAGCCAGAAAAGAGCUUUUGGAUAUCGAAUGAUAAUACAGAGCAGUCAACACAGAAUGGCAAUAGAAGAACUGAAAUUACCCUCAAAUCACCAGACGUUCCAGUAAGAAGCAAAGCCAAAUCACUUCCAAUUUCACAACCAAAUACUUAUAUUAAGUUCACAAAUACUGAUAUGGGAAAGGAUGCAGCACAAACUACAGUGCCAUAUCUUGAUGCACAAGAUGUUGUGAAUAGUCCACCAGUUCCAUUAGAAGGAGUUGGAGUCUUUUUGAAAGGACUUGAUGGAUAUGGUGGAUUUAUAUCACCAAGAAUUAAAACUUUUGACUAUGGGCCUUAUGUACAGGCUGCUCAAACCCCGAAAGAUUCUUAACCAUUUCCAUUCUAAACCUUUUUUCAUGAUCUCUAGAUAUUUAAGAAGUGAAUCUUCAUUUGUAUGUAUGUGUUGCAUUUUUAAGGUACAGAAAAUUCGUAAUAAAUAUACUUAUAAUAAUAAUAAAAUGUGAAGAUUAAAGAUAAGAAGUAAA